AUGCCCCCAUACAGGUCAGACCUUGUUAGACAUAAAGUAGUCCACACAGGAGAGAGACCCCACAAGUGCUUUGAUUGUGGGAAAAGUUUCACACAAAGGUCAGACCUUGUUAAACAUCAGGCAAUCCACACAGGAGAGAGAACCCACAAGUGCUUGGACUGUGGGGAAAGUUUCAUACGAAAGUCAGACCUUGUUAAACAUCAGCCAACCCACACAGGAGAAAUGCCCCAUAAGUGCUUGGACUGUGGGAAAAGUUUCAUGCAAAGGUCACACCUUGUUAAACAUCAGGCAGUCCACACAGGGGAGAGACCCCACAAGUGCUUGGACUGUGGGAAAAGUUUCAUAAGAAGGUCAAACCUUGGUGAACAUCAGGCACUCCACACAGGAGAGAGACCCCACAAGUGCUUGGACUGUGGGGAAAGUUUCAUACGAAGGUCAGACCUUGUUUGUCAUCAGUCAGUCCACACAGGAGAGAGACCUCACAAGUGCGUGGACUGUGGGAAAGGUUUCAUAAGAAGGUCACACCUUGUUCAACAUGAGGCAAUCCACACAGGAGAGAGACCCCACAAGUGCUUGGACUGUGGGAAAAGUUUCAUAUGGAGGUCACACCUUGUUCAACAUCAGGCAGUCCACACAGGAGAGAGACCCCCACAGGUGCUUGCUCUGUAGAUAAACAUUCAGACAGAGAUCAGCCCUGGUUAAACACCAGAAAAUCCACACAGGAGAGUGACUCUGUAAGUGCUUGAACUGUAGGAAAAGUUUCACAUGGAGAUCAGACCUCGUUCAACAUGAGAGAAUCCACACAGGAGAGAGACUCCUCACAAGUGCUUGGACUGUGUGAAAAGUUUCAUACAGAGAUCACACCUCAUUAAACAUGAGAGAAUCCACACAAGAUCUAAACUUCUGUGACACAUGACAAAAAGGGUUAAGCAGCUUCCAUGUAAUUGACUGAAAUCAGGCCUUGUUACACAUCAGGGAAAACUAAAUCCUCAGUACCACUUCCAGGGCCGGCUCCAGGCACCAGACGAGGAAGCACGUGCCUGGGGGCGGCACUUUUUGCUUGGGGUGGCAAAAAAAGCUUGAGCUGGCCCUGAUCACUUCAAACUAAUCUUAUUGAGAGCGGCAACAGUUCCUCAGUACCUCUCUGCAUUUGAUUUUGUUACAAAAUCAAUAAGUUCGGAUGGCAUGAGCCCCAGAGGGACAGACGGUUCCACGGGCAGCCCUCCUUCGAUACCCCAUUAGAGAUUUCAAAAGGUCUCUUACCUCUUGAUUGGCGCCUUGGGGUUCGAAGGGGAACAGUCUGCAGUAGCUGCCGCUGGCUGAGCUGGGCGUUACCAUCCGAGUCACGGCAUCAAUAAUUGUGGAAGAAAACAGAGUUUUUUCUUUUAGGUUGGUUGUAACAAAUCAGAGACAGUUUAUUCUUAAGCAAUUGCAAGAGGGGAACUGCACACCCAGGCAGGGAAUCUCUCUUACUCCAGGUAGGGCUCCAAAGAUAAACAGUUGGAGCAAGACUUUCUACCUUUUUUUUAAUCGACAAUAAUGAUUAUAGCUGAACAACCUUCCCACUUGCUGAAACCAGAAAACUGGAUCUACAUAAAGGUCCAUCAGCGAAAGACCACCCUGGCUCCAUGCUGGAAAGGCCCUUAUCAAGUCCUGCUGACUACCAACACCGCUGUAAAAUGCCAAGAACUGACUGCCUGGACCCGUGCUUCUCACUGCAAAAAGGCCUCUCCACCUCAAGAGGACUUUACGACUGAUGAUCAGCCUGUUUCUCCUUCUGGUGCUGCUGUUUCUUUUGGGCAGCAGAAAAAAAGGACAAGAUAAAGUGCUAGUAAUCUCUCCCUUGUCCACUGACAGAACUACCAUGCAUUUGGCUUGUGCUAAAAAACCUAAAGCAUUACAGGGUGAUGUGCUAGUAACCUCUCCCCUGCAAAAUGCUAAACCACCACUGUGCCAAGAAAGAAGUAGGAACACUUGCUCUACUGAAAUCACCAAAGCCCAGGGACUUCUGACCACAAAGAACAUUAAAAACUGGCACUGGUGGGAAAAAAAACAAAAUAUUGUAUACUAGCAAGAAGGAAGUUAUGGGGACGAGUCUUGGAAAUGUGGUAUUCGUUGGACUUUGGGGUUUAUUCCAAGUUAUGCAUGCUGUGCUUUUGGACAAGUACCUUCAGCAUGUAUAGCACUCCCCAGUUGGCUUUCAGAUGAUGAAUACCAAAGGCAUUUUGCUGCCACAAAUGCUACUCCUACCAUCUCCCCCACCACCACUACCUCCCCUGUAAUAUACCCAAAUACAAAUAUAUUCUAAUGAAAUACAGUGGCCAAAGCCUUCACGUCUUAGUGAUUUACUAAAAUUCUGCUCAAAAAAAUUGAUUCUUUAAAAUUCAAAAUCAGUCAUAUAAGCAAACAAGUAAAAAAACAAAUGGGUCAAUAAAAAUAGAAAUCUAGACUAUCACUACAAAUAAGCCCCCAAAAUCUAAAAUUAAUGUGUUCUAUUGCAAGGUAAAUAUAAUGGCCGUUCCCGAAAUGUAUAGCAUGUGAAAUGAAAAAGUCCCUUAUUUUUACUUUGUCACCCAACUAGGGUAAAUAAUCAAACGUAUACCCGAAAAGUCUGUUCUGCCACCGGAAAUUUUACCUGUACUAAAAUAAUCCCAGAAACCAAUAAUUUAACCUGCACCAUAUUGCAAUAUAUCCCUUCCCAUGCUAUUAAUGCUAAUGCCUCCCAAAAGUAUCUAAAAGUGUUUAGCCAAUAAAUGUGGUAUGGUACUUCACCUAAAAAAAAAAAAAGAAAGCUAAAAUAGCAAUAAACUAAUUAAUGCUAUGCUCGGGACUAUAAAAUGUACACUGCCGUCUCCAGUUUUCAGGUCACCUCUAUAUAUUCUAAUUGCUGAAAAGGAACUGCCAUUAGGUUAGCACAGCAAAGGGCCUGGGUU